GGGCACCGGGCCCUGGACGGAAAUUCCCUGCUGGCACCCAGCGAUUGCUGAGGAACACUGACAGGGGAGAGGUCUGUAUGUAAACAAUACAGAUCUCUCCCCUCAGAGCCAUACAAAGCAGCAUGCUUACAUAGAAAAACGCACCCAGCACACAGGUAACCCUUCAAUUGCCCCAGAUGUUAACCCCUUCCUGCCCAGUGCCAUUAGUACAGUGUCAGUGCUUUUUAUUAGCACUGAUCACUGUAUUGGUGUCACUGGGGAUGUCAGUGACGCCAAGUCAGUUCCCCCCAGUGUCACAAUGCCCGCCGCAGUCCUGCUAU